AUGGCACAUACGGUGGGCCAAGUUGUCGAAAUAGUGGUCCCAUGUGACAUGCCACUCUUUCACGGAGCUGUUGACACCAGAAAUGGCGUCGAGCUGUUUGAACAAAUCAGCAGAUCUGUUCAAGUGGGCCACCCACUCGGGCUCUUCGUAGAUCGACGCCUUUGUGUUGACUGCGCCGUCGCAUGUAUACUGAGGUUCCAAAGAGUCCACCGCCACACGCUGGAUAUUGACAGUGACGUUCAGGUUUUCCGGGUACAUUCCAGCAAUAAGGGCGCCGGCGACCUGGGAAGUAAUGACGUUGGAGGUGACGUAAUACUGCACCUGCAGCGAGUUGUACUCUUGUGGGAGAAAUUGCAACUUCGAAGCGUAGUUGGUGAAAAGAUCGACUCCGUGGUAGUACGAGUCGUUGAGGCCGCCGUUGCUGAUUUGCGGGAACUGGCAUGUGCCGUUAAAACCUGGGCUUUGAAACGUGAACGGGUUGAUAGGGUCCUGGUAGUUUGCCCAGCCUACAGCCACGUUUUCCGUCGGUCUGUCGAUGGAGUGGCCGUAGUAGAAGUUUUCUGUGGCCGAGCACGAGAGCUCCAUGUCCUCUUCAGGGAAGGUGUUGCUCUGGUAAGGAGUGCGUUUGUGGUGGCGGUGAAUCACCUCGACGUACUGAAGCUCGUAGUCUGGCAGCGGCACCAGAUACUCCGACGCACGCACGUGGGGCAUGUUGCAAAAGUUGUAUGUUCCGUAGGCGUCGGGCGAAACAUACGAUCCGUUGUAGAUGCCGCCCUGUGUUUCUGUGGAGGCAUUGAACACCUGGUCCAAGUCACCAACAAUCAGGUCGGAUGGGGCGUAAUGGGUCGGGUAUCUGGCCGAAAGGGCCAAGGAAACAGGACCGAACAAGCGCAUUCUCUCUUUUGUGGUUGGACACUUGACGUGCUUGAGAUAUGGCGAUUUAAGCGCUGA